AUGUCGCUGCUGAAAGCACUGCAGACGGUGCAGAAGGCCACCGCAAAGCCAGGUACCCUCUGCCAGCAUUACUUGCAAGCGUAUGCAGAGCACAAGGGGACCCCAUCCUUCAGUGAUAUUGCCGUCGUUCUGGACCACUUGCGAAAGGAUCGGUCGCAGAUCGCGCAGAAGAGGAAGCCACCGUCACAGCAGCUGCUGCGCGGCUGGCUGACGGAGUGCAAAAAGCACGAAGGUUACGCGAAGCUUCGGGACCACAUUUUUGAGCAGCAGGAGAAGCUGUCAAGCACUUCUCCACUGGAACUCACGCGAAUCUACAACAACAUGCGAAGGAUAACCUUGCAUGACGAUGCAGAGCGCUUGUGGCCAUUCAUUGAGAAACAAACCGUCAAAGGCAAGAUGGACGUGCCCGAUCUCCUUCGCGUUUGGAGCGCGGUGCCACGGGACAAGCUGCUUGCCCUCGACCCCAAGCUGGCCAAGGCCUUGCGGUCUGCUCCAGCUGUGAGCGAAAUGCGGCUGCUGAGCGCUCUAUCUCGCACAGAGGAGCUGGCAUCAAGCUCCCAGGUGCUGCAGAUCUCCGCAAGACUCGUGGGCCGGCAGCUGGAGGACUUCACUUCGGAAAGCUUGGCAGCAGUUCUUCCGCUCCUUCACAAAGCUUAUCAGAAGGGCUCUCAACUGGACCCAACGAUCUUGACGCGAAUCAAGCAAGAGCUGGUCAAGCGAGGUGGAACCUUGGAGAUGCGCACGAUAUGUGCCCUCUUGCCCGUCAUGGAUACAGUGCACGACGAGCUGUGGAAAUUCCUGAGGAAGCAGCUGUUGGACUCGAAAGCCAAAGAUCUGCAGUUGCAGAACAUCCUGAACGUUUUGGAAUUUCUUCAUCGUGCUGCAGAUCACAAGCAAGGUGACAAGGAGCUCUCUGGCAGGCUGAUGAAGAGGCUGAAGUCGAUUCUGUCGACCGGCUUCCCCGACCCAAUGGAAGUGGCCACCGCUACCAGGAGCCUGGAGGCCCUUUCCGGUGACGGUUGCAUGGCCGUGCUGAACGCUGGCAUCAACCUGCGGCAGGACCUGUAUCCCACCGUGCUGUGGCGCUUAUUCGUCCGUGCAGGUGAGCUUGGCCUUCGUGAGCGCCACCCAAUGCUCCAACCGCGCUUUGAGCGGAUUGGUGAGAUAUUGGAGUCACACGGCGUCCAGAAGGAAAGGAUGUCCACGAAUGAGAUGCUGACGGCGGCACGUGCAAUGCGGGCAAACAAAGUGAAGAUGCCCAUCUCGCUCCGGCAGAUGUCGGAGCAUUUCCUAGAUGUGCUUCAGAAGGCUGAAGUGCAUGCCACGGACGACGAGGCCACGCCGAUCCAAGGAAAAGAGAGGCAUGAAAGCGAGGAUGCGGUGGCUGCUACUGGCACCCAUGGAGAGCCUGAGGAAGCCCUGGAGCCUGCGGACUUGAGGAUGCCAACUCCGGAAGAACUCCUGGCCAAGGCACAGCGAGCUGUACUGCUUCUUCUCACCGAGAUUCAGCGCCAGGGCGCUGCUGCAGAGCUAAAGCCGGAGCUAAAGCAGGCAGCAGUCAAGAUCUGCGAAGCUGGCAGCCUCCAAGCCAGGGCAAUCACAGAAUGCUAUGCCGAGCUCGCAGCUAUGGAGGAUGCAGAGCUUCGCAAGGAGCUUUGCGCGCUGCUGUCCCAGCGCCUCGCUGCACAGCUUUCUUCGCUUGGCUCCAACGAGCUGCUGGAGUUGCUCCCAAACGCUCCACUAGAGCUGCUGCUUGUGGUCCUGAAUGAGAUAGACACGCGGCUGGCAGAAAAGCUGGACAUCCCACCGGACAUAGCUGCCAGCUGCCUGCGUCGCAUACUGGAAGCGCAUGGAUCCCAUGAUCUGGAGUUGCUGCAGUCAGUCGCGAGCAAGGUCGUGCAGUCGCUGGCUUUGACUGUUGGGCACAACGUUCACAACGAUCCUGUGGCGGCCAUGCCUGCUCUUCAGGCCGCCUGUGCAUGUCUCGGGGUUUUGGGUCUCGAAGGAUCCACUUUGAGACGGCCCCUUCGACAGUGCCUUCAAGCCCUGGCAUCAGCAACGCCUGCAUGGCAAAGCUCCGAAACCGUCGAGCUUGUCUUCGCUAUCGCCUCGGCCUACGGAGGAGAUCUGCCUUUUGACAUGCUGGCCUAUUCUUGGCAGCUUGCUGGCCAAGACGUUGCAAGAUCGCAAGAGGACCUGGUAAACGACCCCAAGCUCUGGGCCUUUGUGCUGGGUGCACAGCAUCUCUCGUCUAAGACGGUCCUUGCCUCCUUACGGCUCGCACCACAUGCAGCAGCCCUAGAUGCAUCCCUCACAUUCUCCCAGAAGGAGAUCCAGCUGCCUUCCUUUUCGCUGACAAGGGACUCCGAAAGCCAGGCCGCGCUGGUGGGAGGACUACGUCUUGCGCUGCCUGCAGCCCUACCAGCAGAAGACAGCGCAGAAAGCUUCCAGGUGCGCGGCACGCCAUACAAGGCCGACUUUGGGUUUGAGCGGCUGCAGACUCUCGUCGUCGUGCCCAGGAAAGCACAUGUCGCCGGCAGUAAGAAGCUCAGUGGCUUCGGGCAACUCAUGGAGUCGACUCUGGAGGCGAUGGGAUGGCGCACCCUUUGGGUCUGGCCAGAGGAUUGGCUGUCACUGCAGCAGCAACCUCCCGACAACGAUGCCUUGGAGGCACUUCGUGCUGCAGUUGAGGGCAGCGCCGAGGAGCCUAUCCAAAAUGCAGUGGAAGAGACAGAGGAGACGACAGAAAGCUCCCAAGAUGCGGCAGGAAGUGAUCCACCUGCGAUUCCGGAAGCUACUGAACCGAAGCCGCAGGGCUCGGAGCCCCUGUCCCCCGAGGCCCCGCUAUUUAAAGAGGCAGAGCCUCAAGAGGAAAGGGAGGCCGAGGCACCCAGUGUGGACAGUCCCAGCAAGGCAGCAGAUGCUGCAUGA